AUGACAUCACACGCGUUCCCGUCGUCCUUUCUCGACCACUGGGCGAACACGCUCAAGGCUCACCGAGAAGAACAGCUGAACGACUUUCCAAACUACCACCUCUCCGACCCGGAAACCCUCGUGACGACAUGCAGCCCCAAGUCGCUCACCGUCGGUAACGGCGCCUCCAUCUACAGAAACGCAAUUCUCCCGGGCAUCCUGACCGCGCAACACGAGGUCAUCCUGGUAACGUGCUUCUGGGCUCCGUCCGACACGCUCGACGCCAUCCGCGAAACCCUCGAGACUCUUGCCGCCCGCCGUCAGGAGGCCAUUCGCGCCAACGGCGAAGCCUCCGUCGCCCCAUUACGCGUCCGUAUCUGCUUCUCGUCCCGCGGUUUCUUUCAGAAGAUCUUCCACCCGUGGUCCAGGGAUGGGUACGCGUACCCGAGAGCCGCGUGGCCAAAGCUCGGCCUGCCCCCGGACGGCACUCUCCAAGCGGCCCGCAUCGACCUCUCGGUCAAGAGCCUGUUCUUCCUGCCCUUCAGCGUCAUGCAUCCGAAGUUUGUCAUUGUCGAUCGCAAGCGCGCCUGGAUGCCGAGCUGCAACGUGAGUUGGGAAACUUGGUUCGAGGGCUGCAUCGAGUUUGAGGGGACCGCCGUCGGCCAGCUCAUGAGGUUUUACACGAGUGUGUGGGAGCCCAACGGCGCGCGGGAACUUCCAGAUGCCACCACCAACGAAGUCCGCCGGGAUGUCGACGGAGACGCUGGCCGAACUGCUCCUGGCCAGCCAUCAGACGAGCAGAUUGCGUACCGGCGGCUCAGCCUCGAAAGUCUACCAGCAUGUCCGACCCUCAUCCUCCCUUCAUCUCAUCACUGGUACCCCGGGUUCCGCUACAUUCCCCUCUGGCGACGUACCACGGCGCCCACAACGCCAUUGAAUGCGGCUCUGCUUUCAUUGCUCGCCAACGCCCGCGUAGAGAUCGACAUCGUGACGCCCAAUUUGACGUGCCGCACGGUCGUCGAUGCCCUGCUCGAUGCCCUCCGCCGCGGCGUCAACGUCCGCAUCCGGACGAGCAAGAACAUGAUGUUAAUCGAGCAGCUCGUGACAGCCUUCACCACUACGGAAUGGACCUUGAAGGCCCUAAUAAAACAAUACGCCCAGAUCUGCGCGCAAUAUGCCCGGAAACCUCUAGAGGACGCCGAGUCACAGAUUCAGCGCCCAGGCCGUCUCAACAUCUUCUACUACCGCCCGAACCUACAAGCCACAGCAGCAAGAGACCCGGAAGAGCCAGUCGUCUCGCACCUGAAGAUGACCCUCGUCGACAAGGAGUUCCUCCUCCUCGGCUCUGGCAACCUGGACCGGGCGAGUUGGUAUACGAGUCAGGAGCUGGGCGUGCUGCUUCAUCUGCCCGACUUCGAACAUGACAUCUGGUCAGAGUCUCUCGAGUCCAGGAUCGAGGUCCGGUUCAGCGGAGAACCCGAAGACAGGAUUGCGAUGGCGGGCUAG